UUCACGAAGUCGACUUCGGCGAACGGUGACCGUUUGAAGGCGGUUUGCUUGUGUGAUUGGGCGAUGAGCACUGUGCCGUACGAUCAGUGGUGGCGUACUGCUGUAAGGAAAUGCCGAAAUUGGGUGCCAAGUGCGAGACCGUGCGGAGCACGCGAAAAGACUCGUAACGGUGUGGGUUGCGUGUCUGCAGGCACCCGAGAUAACCGUAAAAUUCCCGUGUUUGCACUGGACAACAUGAUCGACUUCAUCAAGGAGGCUUUCCUAGAAUCUGAUUAG